GGUAACCCAGCCCGAUGGAGGGACUUCCACUCAGCCACAGUCGUGGGGAGCCGGAUGUAUGUUUUUGGAGGCCGGGCAGAUCGUUUUGGGCCGUUCCAUUCCAAUAACGAGAUCUACUGCAACCGCAUCAAAGUGUUUGAUACCGAGACCAAUCACUGGCUGGAUUCCCCGAGCACACAGCUCCUUCCUGAGGGCCGAAGGAGCCACUCAGCAUUUACCUACAACAGUGAGCUGUACAUUUUUGGUGGUUAUAAUGCUCGCCUAGACCGACACUUUAAUGACCUGUGGAAGUACAGUCCUGAGUCCUCAACGUGGAGGAAGGUCGAGCCUAAGGGCAAGGGGCCAUGCCCGCGAAGGAGGCAGUGCUGCUGUAUGGUGGGAGACAAGAUCAUCCUGUUUGGUGGCACCAGCCCAUGCCCAGAGCAAGGAAUGGGGGAUGAGUUUAACCUGAUGGAUCACUCUGACCUGUACAUCCUGGAUUUCAGUCCAAGUCUGAAGACAUUAUGCAAACUGGCCGUGAUUCAGUACAGUUUGGAUCAAUCUGCACUCCCUCAUGACAUCCGGUAAGUUUAUUCCUGUUUGCUGCUAUACGCCACUCCUCUGCCGUCUGCAAAUGAGAUGCAACACUUUCAAAAGAAUCAAUGGAUUCAGCAAAAUUGGGCCCCCGAAACCAUUUCUGCCUGAUGCAGAAUAUAUAUGUAGCUAAUGAGUCACAAAAAAAACUUGCCUUUCUCAAAAAAGGUGAGAUUGUGGAACAGAGAGGUUUUCUUAGCUGAAAAUUGUAAAAACAACAUUGUGCAGAAAUCUGAACCAAAAACAGAAAUUGCUGGAGAAUCUCAGCAGGUCUGGCAACAUCUGUUGGGGGGAGAGAGACCGAGAGACACAGAGUUAAACUUUCAAGUCCAGACAGCUUUUGUCAGAGGUGAAAAUAGCUGGAAAGAUGCUAAUAAUGAUGACCGGGGGAGGGGAGGGAAUGGAGUACAUGGAGAUGCAGAGCAGGCAAACAAACAAAGUGAUAGCUGACGAUAAGGCAAAAUCUUAAGUGAACACCAUCACCCCGCAUCACCCCACCUCAGCCCACUUUCAGUUCUGUCAGGGGCUCACUGGACUCGAAAUGCUAACUCUGGUUUGUUGCCCAACCUGCUGAGAUUCUGCAGCAAUUUCUGUUUAGGAUUCAGCCUUCCCUAACUUAAUUGUUAGGUCAAUAAGUAG